CUUCGUUGUAGAUUGAUGCGUUGUUGCAAUUGUUUUUCGAAAAAAGUUCUUAUGCAAAUUUGUCACUUUUGAUCGGAAAGGUCGCUUAAGAGUGUAGGUUUAUAAACGUCUUUAACGUCCGGUUAUGAUGGAAAUUCGUAAUACAUUUAUCGUUAAAAACUCGAAUAAUUUAGUACUCAUGUCAUCCGUCAGAUCGCUCUUUACACUUGGAGCAUAAAUUAAUCCAAACAUCAGCAUAAGAUAUGGAUAACGUGAUUGGGAUAAUACAUGCGAUCUGCAAAGGAUUUGCAGAUAGUUUAAAAGGUGCAAUUGUUCUCUUUUAUAUGGAUAAACAAAUUAAUGACAAAUUGAGUAGUAGACCACCUUCAAGAACGGAAACACAUAAAAAAGAUGCUUCUGUACAUAGUCCUGCAAAGCAUUGUAAUCAACAAAGAGAGUCUAAAGUGUUAAAACGGACAAUUCAAUGUUGCGCCCUAAACGGUGGUGUUUUUUGGGCGAGUAUUUUAAUUUUUGAAUGCGGACUUCUUCCGUUCCUUAAGUACUUAUUGACAAUUAUAUUUGGUCAUUCGCCUGGUAUGGGGGUGACAGUAUGGUCUUGGACAAAACCAUUUUUGUCUCUUACUUUUGGAACUGUGUGGGUGUUACCACUUUUUUUACUCAGCCGCAUAGUCAACAGUUUAUGGUUUCAGGAUAUAGCAGAUAGUGCUUAUAGAUAUAGGCAAGGAAGGCCAUUACUUCUAUCCAGUGUAAGCAAAUUGGUAGCAGACACUCUUUUCAGUAUAUUAGUGCAAGCUCUCUUUUUGGGGCAAGGAAUGCUAGUAUCCAAAGUACCAUUACCUCCGCUAGGUGAUAUACUUGCCCUUGUACAUAUGUGCCUUUUAUAUGCUCUUUAUGCAUUUGAAUACAAAUGGUUCAAUAUGGGAUGGGAAUUGCAUAGACGACUGACUUUUAUCGAAGGCAAUUGGCCAUAUUUUGUGGGCUUUGGGUUACCAUUAGCAGUACUUACUCAACUGCCUAAUUCAUAUGUGAUAAGUGGCUGUGUUUUUUCUAUAUUAUUUCCACUUUUUAUUGUAAGUGGAAAUGAAGCAGAACCUGUAACUGGAGUUUGUGAUUGUCCAUUAAAACUGUUCUCUCCAGUAAUUGCCAUUGCCAAUACUCUUUUUAAUAAAACUAUUGGACCGGCUAAUAGACGGUGACGAUCGAGAAAAGAUAUAAAUUCUAGUGUUUUUUCUGGAUUAAAUAUACAAUUGUGAUUUGAUUUUUUAA